UACAACACGUUAUCAGCACGAGGUUCUGACCAACUGAAGUUUAUCAAUCCAAAAGUUCUUAAACCAGCCGAGUUAUCAUGUCGAAUUUGACAAAGCUCGAAAUUAAUGCCCUGGAUAUUACGGGAAAUAAUUAUAUGACCUGGGCAGUGGGUGCAAAGAUGCACCUGAGAGGAAACGGGCUUUUAGAAACCAUCGAUAGUUCAAAAACGGUGUCGGAUGAGAAAAAGACUAAAGCCAUGAUAUUUUUACGACACCACAUCCAUGAUGGUUUAAAGGAUGAAUAUAUUACGAAAGAGGAUCCUUGUGAUCUCUGGAAAUCUUUAAAAGAGAGGUUCGAUCACCAGAAAUAUGUGAUCUUACCGAAAGCUAAACACGAGUGGAUCCACCUCCGGUUCCAGGAUUAUAAAAGUGUUAGUGAGUUUAAUCCCGCGAUGUUCGGAAUUACUUCGAGGAUGAUGUUAUGUGGAGAGAAAAUAAGUGAUUAUGAUAUGAUCGAGAAAACUCUCUCCACGUUCCAUCCUGAAAAUGUAAUCCUGCAACAACAAUACCGAGUGAGUGGAUAUACCCGUUACUCGGAGUUGAUGCAAGUCCUCCUUGUAGCGGAGCAGAAUAAUCAACUCGUGACUUUAAACCAUCAAGCUCGUCCCACUGGAUCUGCUCCAUUCCCAGAAGCGAAUGUUGCAUCAUCCAGUUAUGAUAAUAGAAGAGGACGAGGUCGUGGACGUGGUGGAAACCGUUAUCAUGGUCGUGGAAGAGGACGAGGAAGAAGAUUCCGUCCCUAUGAUGAAAGAAAUAAUAAAGACUUCCACGAAAAUGAAAGGAAUGAAAAGGGCCAGGAUGAUAAAAGGCAAACGGGAAAGGUUUGCUACAGAUGCGGCAUGAAAGGUCAUUGGGUACGUAACUGUCGUACGCCAAAACAUUUAGCCAAUCUGUAUAGAGAAUCCCAAAAGGGAAAAGAGAAAGGAAGAGGUGAAACUAACUUAAUCUCUGACGAACCUGGGCCAUCCUUUCAUGGUUUAAACGAUGAUACUCAUCUCGACGUAUCAGACUUUCUGGUUGAACCAGAGAGUAUCGAUGAGUAAUAUAAAUAGAUGUGAUACAAAUAGACUGUAUUAUAGUAUCUAUAUAUUUUGUUGUAAGAUAUAUGUUAUGUUUGUUAUGUUUAAUGUUUAAUAAUAUAUGUUUUAUGAAUAUUUUAAAUUCAGAAAGAAUGCCAAACUUUGAGACUAUGGAUGGAGAUUUGUGUUUGGCAGAUAGUGCGUCAACGCACACAAUAAUCAAAAAUAAGAAAUAUUUCUCCAGUCUCAAAAUAAGAAAUUACGCUGGAAGCGUAAGUACAAUAUCUGGUAAUGCAAAGAUUAUUAUAGGCUCUGGAAGAGCGAAAUUUUCAAUGCCAGGGGGAACGAUAUUUGAAAUAAGUUAUGCAUUGUAUUCCCCCAAGUCUCAUAGAAACUUGUUAAGUUUUAAGGAUAUCCGAAGAAAUGGAUAUCAUAUUGAGACUAUGAGUAAAGAUGGCAUUGAAUUUCUUUGCAUUAAGUCCGAGAAAAACAUAUACUUGAAGAGUUAAGAAUGUUAUCCUCUGGACUAUAUUGUACGAAAAUAACCAUGACUGAGUCCUAUGCCGUGGUAAACAUGAAGUUUACUGAUACAUUUAAAAUAUGGCAUGAAUGGCUAGGACAUCCUGGUUCAGUCAUGAUGAGAAAGAUAGUGCAAAAUUCGAAUGGCCAUCCGUUGAAAAACGGAAAAUUUUUGCAAACGGGCGAGUUUACAUGUAAUGCAUGUUCUCAAGGAAAGCUUAUAACUCGGCCAUCACCAGCAAAAGUAGGCAAUGAAUCACCAAUGUUUUUAGAAAGAAUACAUGGUGAUAUAUGUGGGCCGAUCCACCCACCGUGCGGGCCGUUUAAGUAUUUCAUGGUAUUGAUUGACGCAUCUAGUAGAUGGUCAAGUGUGUCUCUUUUGACGACACGAAAUACGGCUUACGCAAAAUUCAUUGCCCAGAUAAUAAAGCUGAGAACGCAGUUUUCAGAGUAUGCCAUUAAGAAAGUAAGGCUUGAUAAUGCUGGUGAGUUUACAUCGCAAGCCUUUGAUGAUUAUUGUAUGUCAAUGGGGAUUGAUGUGGAACAUCCAGUUCCCCAUGUGCAUACACAAAAUGGCAUGGCCGAGUCAUUGAUAAAACGGUUGCAGUUGAUUGCAAGACCGUUAGUCUUGAGAACAAAGCUCCCAAUUUCUGUAUGGGGUCAUGCUAUAUUGCAUGCGGCUGCACUGGUUCGGCUAAGACCGAGUGCAUAUCAUAAAUACUCUCCUUUACAAUUGGCAUCUGGGCAAGAGCCAGAUGUAUCCCAUCUCCGUGUCUUUGGGUGUGCGGUCUAUGUUCCGAUAGCUCCGCCACAAAGAACAAAAAUGGGCCCACAAAGGAGAUUGGGAAUUUAUGUGGGUUAUACGUCACCAAGUAUAAUAAGGUAUCUGGAACCAGUAACUGGUGAUAUGUUUACGGCAAGAUUUGCCGAUUGCCAUUUUAAUGAGGAUGAAUUUCCAGCAUUAGGGGGAGGAAUUAGAGAAAUUCCUAAAGAGCUUACUUGGUGUACACCGUCGUUGUUACACCUUGAUCCCCCUACGAAUCAAAGAGAGCUGGAAGUUCAGAAAAUUAUGCAUUUGCAUAAUUUGGCAAACCAGUUACCAGAUGCGUUCACAGAUACGAGAAGGGUGACGAAGUCAUGUAUACCCGCUGAAAAUGUUCCAUCAAGAGUUGAUGUUCCUAAGGAACAAACUGGUGGAAAUAAAAUAAAUGAACCUAGGGUUCAGUUAAAGAGGAGGAGGCCAGCGGGUUCUAAAGAUAAAAAUCCCCGAAAGAAAAAGAAAUUGGAUGAACAAAGUAAGGUUCUAGAAUAAUCUGAUACUGAAAAAUAUCUGAAAGAAGGCAUAGAUAAAGAUGGUCCAGAUAACGAGGAGGGAACAGAAAAGUAUGAGAUUUCCAUCAACUACGCCCGAGAUGAAAAGAUAUGGAUCAGAAAUAAGAUAAAAGAUGUUGAUGGAAUGUUCUCCUUUUCCGUGUCCAAAGAAAUCGAUCAUGAAAAUGAUGAUCCCGAUCCAAGGUCCAUUUUAGAAUGUAAAAAAAGACAUGAUUGGGAGGAGUGGAAGAAGGCCAUUCAAAUUGAAUUACUCUCCCUAAAUAAAAGAAAUGUCUUUGGACCUAUAGUCAUAACGCCUGAGAAUAUAAAUCAUGUUGGGUAUAAGUGGGUAUUCGUGAGAAAAGUAAAUGAGAAGAAUGAAGUAACACGAUAUAAAGCCCGAUUAGUUGCCCAAGGUUUUUCUCAGAGACCGGGAAUUGAUUUUGAGGAAACGUAUUCCCCGGUCAUGAAUGCAAUUACGUUUAGAUUUUCGAUGAGCCUAACAGCGUCUAAAAAUCUUGAAAUGCAUCUCAUGGACGUUGUGACUGCAUAUUUGUAUGGAUCAUUGGAUAACGAUAUAUAUAUGAAACUCCCUUAGGGAUUGAAAAUGCCAGGGGCAUUGAAAGAAAAAUCCAGGGAAAUUUGUUCGGUCAAGUUACAGCGAUCACUUUACGGAUUAAAGCAAUCCGGACGCAUGUGGUACAAUCGCUUAAGUGAAUAUCUUUUGAGUAAAGGAUAUGUUAAUAAUGCGAUAUGUCCAUGCGUUUUUAUAAAGAAAUCGUCAUCUGGCUUUGUGAUCAUUGUUGUAUAUGUAGAUGACCUGAACAUAAUUGGAAAUCAAAAGGAGGUUGAUGAUGCUCGAACUCAUAUGAAAGAGGAGUUUGAAAUGAAAGAUCUCGGCAAGACAAAGUUUUGUCUUGGGCUCCAGAUAGAGCAUCUCCGAGAAGGAAUAUUUGUGCAUCAAUCAAACUAUACGAAAAGGUUAUUGAAACGAUUUCGUAUGGACAAAGCGACUCCUUUGAGUACUCCAAUGAUUGGUAGAUCUCUCAAUGUUGAGAGUGAUCCUUUUAGGCCCUGCGAAGAUAGCGAGAAGAUAUUAGGUCCAGAAGUACCUUAUAUGAGUGUUAUCGGUGGGCUGUUAUAUCUUGCAAACUGUACCAGACCAGAUAUAGCUUUUGCUACUAAUCUACUGGCGAGAUAUAGUUCUGCUCCUACUCGUAGGCAUUGGGACGGAAUAAAACAUUUAUUCCGUUACCUUCAAGGUACAGGUGAUUUAGGGUUAAUGUAUUUUAGAAAACCCGAGUUUGGUAUGGUUGGUUUUGCAGAUGCGGGAUACUUAUCAGAUCCUCAUAAGGCUCGAUCGCAAACCGGCUAUGUUUUUACAAUUGGUGGAACCGCGAUCUCUUGGCGGUCCCAGAAACAAACUCUGGUUGCAACCUCUUCGAAUCACGCAGAAACUAUCGCGCUUCACGAAGCAUGUCGAGAAUGUGUGUGGCUUCGGUCAAUGAGUCACCACAUACAAAAAUCAAGCGGAAUAGUCAACGAAAAAGAGCCGACGAAAAUAUUUGAAGACAAUUCAGCUUGUGUUGCUCAACUCUAAGAAGGCUACAUUAAGAGCGAUAGAACAAAGCACAUCCCUCCAAGAUUUUUCUCAUACAUAAGGGAGCUCGAGAAAAAUAAAGAGGUGGACAUCGAGUAUGUACGGUCAUGCGAAAAUCCGGCUGACUUGUUCACUAAAGCUCUUCCGACUACAACAUUCCGAAAACAUGUCUACGGUAUUGGGAUGAGGCAUCUGCGUGACCUAUGAAGAAAAAGCUAUGUCUAUUAUUCUCAGGGGGAGAUUACGACAGUGUACUCUUUUUCCCUUUUCACGGUUUUUAUCCCACAGGGUUUUUCCGUGACUAGGUUUUUAAUGAGGCACUACGUAAUACAAGGAUAAAUAAUCAAGGGGGAGUGUUGAAGAUAAAGAUGGAGAUAUAAUAUGAUUGUUUCAUCCUCAUCUAAAUUUACCGACUUACUUAACCGACCUUAUUAUUUUAUAUAUUUCUUUGUGCUAUAAAUAGCUCUCGACCCUUUGUAUUGCAUCUGGAGAAUCAUAAGUGAAAUUAUAUUAUCACUCCUCUCAUCUCACGUCCAUCUCUCUCUCUUUUAGUUGACCCUUGACAUAAAUAAUAUUAUUAAAUCAGUUAUACUUCACAUAUUAUACAACAGUUACAUAUAUUUCUAAUGUCUUCAUUAUUGACAUUUUCGUCAUUUUACCACCCUUAACCUAAUCAUCUAAUCAAAUAUUUGGCUUAAAUCAGUCUGUCUACAACGUUAGUCAUCGUCUUUCAGAGAUUCAUACAGAUUACAAGGGAAGCUCUAGAUAUUCUGAUGUCAGUUCCCAAUGGUGUUUAAGUCUUUGAUGUACAAUCAAACGUAAUAUUAUUUGAUGUAAUUAAAUCUCAUCUUCUUGGCAACGAACAUAAGAGAAGUGAGUGAUGGACACGAAGCAAAGAAGCAAGUGAUGGAAAAGGAGACAUUACGGUAAUGGGUGUUAAAUUCAGCUAACUACGUUUAGUCUGUUCAUCAUCGGGCAAUGGAAAGCUCUAUUGGAGUUGUAUAGCACGAGGUGGAGUGAUAAACCAUGGGAGCUCCAUAGAUCUUACCGGAGUUAUUCCCAAUGUAAUUUGAUUAGUUUUUUUCAGGUAAUUUGCUCGCUUUGUGAGACAGAACAAGACAUGAAUAUGACCUUUUGAAUACAAAUUUUAUUUGUGUAAACAUGUUUCUUGAUGAUGACCAUUGUAUGUGAAAUUUUUCUGUAUGUGAGAUUAUUUUAUUGUUUUUUCUCUUUUAAAGUGGCAUAAUCAUUCUUGACUACAAUGCAAAGUGACUAGAAUGUGAAUUUCCAAGUGGAUACCAAGCAAGAAUCAUACCUCAGUGAAGUGGUGUCCUUAAAAUGUAAGAUUUUGUAAGGAGCCUAUGCUGAAACGGCAGCCACAGAAUCUAACAAACCAGAAAAUUGUAAUGCAAAUGAUGGGAUCUAGGAAGGAGAGCUCCCUAAUGAUGAUGGUUAGUUUGUAACCGCAUUCUUACUUAGAAUUUUAUCCAAUGCUAAAGAACCCUGGUAUUAACAAAAUGGUUUUAGUGGGUCUUUGGAGGGAAGCACGUUGAAAAGGUAAUAUGUGCUGCAGUGGCUGAUGGGACAGUUACUCCAAAAGUUCAAUUGUUGAUCAAACAACUCCUCAAGUAUCAGGAUCAGCACACUUUCAUGCUAUUUAUUUGAUGAGAAUUUGCUUGGUUCUUCUAAAGGUUAGGAUGAAAGUGAAAAUAAAUUUGAUAGUGUUGAUUACAUCUUUACUGUGAGUAUUUCUGAGCUUGGAUUUCUUUUCAGGUUUCGACAGUUGCCUUCUCUUAGUUUAUACGGUGCGCCAGCAAGAUUGGGCACAAUAACAGCCAGGAAAUGAAAUCAUCUGAAAUAAAGAUAUUGGCAUGUAUGAAUAAUUGUCUUUGUUUCAUAUAGUUCUUUUGGAUAAACAUUAAGAAGUUUAUCUUUUCUUUUGACAAGUCUUUUUUCUCUCUCGUGUGAUUGAUGACACUUUUUGUUGCCGCAUGCGCUACUAAGGAAGGUUUUGAUAUUAGACAAUGUAACUUCUCCAUGCGUUUUGAACUUGCAAAGACGGUGUUGUCAUACAUUCAGAACCAAUGGUAGGAAAAGAAAACUUGGAUCAGACUACAUACUCAUGGUUUGUGAGGUACAUCUGUUUUGUAAUCUAUAAGACAAAAGCUUUAAAAUCUACAAUUUUUCCAACAACUGGUCAGCAAAUCUAGACAAUCAAUCUAUCAUAUCUGUCAACACGUGUUGCUUGUAGGGAAAAUGUAUCUCACGCAGCAAGUCUUAAGGAAUGCUAAAAAUAUUGAGGAGACACUGCGGAAAAAGCAAUAAAAGGACUGAUAUUAGUCACCUAACACUAAAAGACACGUCAAGGAUAAUGGCUUAAUGUAUUUUAUUUAGAAAUUACGCUUCAAAUCCAAUUAUAAUUUCAUGGCUAAUUUCACUUUUAAUGAAAUACUAGGUAAUAACCUGCUGGAUGUGAUUAUUAGUUUUGUUACUUUUUAAUAAAGACACAUUAAAUUUGUUUAAGCUGGAUAUCGGUUCGGUUUUAAGUUAUUUUUUUUUGUUUUUAAUCUCCUAAAAUAUAACUAUCAUUCUAAUCAAUAUUUAUUCUGGUUUGUUAUGUUAAAAUGUUUGAUGUUUUUGGUUUUUCCGGUGAACCAAAAAUUACUAUUAUUUGUUUGUUUUCAUGUUAUUUUAGAUAGCUCUGAUGUUGAACUAAUGAUUUUAUAUUAGAGUUUCUAAACGGAUAAUAGUUAAAGAAAAGGAAAAGAAAAUUAUUAAAAAAAUCAUCACACUACAAUUUGUUCGAUAGUGAAAAAAAAAUUAAGACAAAAAUAUUUGAACUUUAAAAAGAAUUAGAUAUUUCAGUUGUUAUGAAUAUUUUGUUAGAAGGUGCUCACAUCAAUGUGCUAUGUAUACGUACAAGUCUAUAAAGGUGGUUGAUAAUAUAUAAAGAUAUUGUUAAUUAAUAUUAAAUGACAUUUUUUUUUUCAAAAUAACACAUGAAAAAUAAAAUUCGUAAAAUAAAUUUCUUAAAUAUAAAAUAGGCCUAGAUGUUAGUAAAUUUUUUUCAUAUAAAGAAAAUCAAAUUGUAUCUGUAAAUAGAUGGGCACAUAUCAAAUAUCUGGGUAUUUGGAGGCAUUCAUGUUGAUUCGAUCCGUAGCCACCUGCAUAUUCAAUGUCCCAGGUAUCCAGAAAAAUUUUAAAAGUAAAUAAAAAUUUAAAAAUAAAUGAAAAAUAUAAUAAUAAUAUUUUAUUACAAAAAUAAAACAUUAUUUAACUUUUAAAAUUCUAAUACA